AGAAGAUUCCAUCAAACCUUUCUCACUCCCUAUUGAGAGCUAUGGCUGCGAUUCUUGCCAUUGCUCGCAAACUAACGCGAACGCCACUAUGGGGGAUUGUUAAAUGUCAAUCUCUGCUACGUGCAGUAUCGACACCGUUUUUGAGCUCAUCUUUCCAAAAUCAUUCCUUCUCUUCAGCAUUUCAUCGAACAGGUCUUGUGCAUUCUCAAAUCUUCACGCAAAACGUACCACGGUUUAUCUCCUCCAACCGCUUCUUCUCGACCCAAAUCAUCUCCGACAUGUUAGAGAUCAAUCGAGCCUUGGCUCCGGUAGAACAGGGUCUGAUUGAUCUAAUCAGACAGGUCUCUGAGCUAGAGUCAGAGGCGGAAGCCAUGGCUUCUCUAGAGGACUCGUCGUUCGAUCUAAAUCAUGAUUCUUUCUACUCUUUAAUCUGGGAGUUAAGAGAUGAAUGGAGGCUUGCCUUUCUAGCAUUCAAGUGGGGUGAGAAACGCGGCUGUGAUGAUCAGCGAGCUUGUGAUUUGAUGAUCUGGGUCUUGGGUAAUCACCAGAAGUUCAACAUUGCUUGGUGUUUGGUCCGUGAUAUGUUUAACGUUUCAAGAGAUACUAGAAAGGCCAUGUUUCUCAUGAUGGACAGAUAUGCUGCUGCUAAUGAUACUAGCCAAGCUAUUAGGACAUUUGAUAUUAUGGAUAAGUUUAAACACAUUCCUGAUGAUGAAGCAUUUCAAGGAUUGUUAUAUGUCCUGUGUAGACAUGGACACAUUGAAAAAGCUGAAGAGUUCAUGCUUGCAAGCAAAAAGCUCUUUCCUGUGGACGUUGAGGGAUUCAACAUAAUUCUUAAUGGUUGGUGUAACGUUUGGACUGAUGUGACUGAAGCAAAGAGGGUUUGGCGAGAGAUGGGGAAUUAUUGUGUCACGCCUAACAGUGACUCUUACAUUCACAUGAUCUCUUGCUUCUCUAAAGGUGGGAACCUUUUUGAUUCUCUCAGGCUCUACGAUGAAAUGAAGAAACGGGGAUUGGCUCCAGGGGUUGACGUUUACAAUUCUUUGGUUUAUGUGAUGACCCGUGAGAAUUGUUUUGACGAAGCUAUGAAGCUUUUGGAUAAGAUGAACGAGGAAGGUUUAAAGCCAGAUUCAGUCACCUACAACUCGAUGAUACGCCCACUUUGUGAGGUUGGAAAGCUGGAUGUAGCCAGGAAUGUAUUGGCAACCAUGUUAAGUGAGAACCUAAGUCUCACAGUCGAUACAUUUCAUGCAUUCCUUGAGGCUGUAGAUUUCGAUAAAACUUUAGAGGUUUUAGGCCAAAUGAAGAUUUCUGGUUUAGGUCCUACAGAAGAGACAUUUCUUCUCAUUCUUGGACAUAUGUUCAAGGAAAAGCAACCGGAACAUGCUUUGAAGAUCUGGGCAGUAAUGGAUCGUUUUGAGAUAGUGGUUAAUUCUGCUCUUUACUUGGCAACAAUACAGGGCCUUUUGACAUGUGGGUGGCUUGAAAAGGCCAGAGAAAUAUAUUCAGACAUGAAAUCAAAGGGGUUCCCAGGAAAUCCUAAGCUCCAGAAAUUGCUGGAAGAGCAAAAGGUGAAGGGGAUCAGAAAAAGCAAGAGAAUAGAUCUUCGAAGAGUUGGUUCUCGGGGUGGCCAUAAAGGUCAACGAUCAAUAUACAAAAAAGAAUCAGAUAGGGGUAAGACUUGAAAAAUGUGGAUCAAACAAUCACUCAUGUAUCAGUUCUCAGACCUCACGGUCUCCACUCUUCUGAACUGUGAUAUGUGCAAUCUCAAUCUGCACUAGUCCAGAAUCUCCGUUCCCAGCCCACCUGUCUUAUUUGGCUUGCCUGCUUUCACUACAUCCGCCGUGCAGUUUUCCAGGAAUCUCUCUCCGGAUUACAUGUCAGAAACUAUUGUUAUCCUUGAUUGCUGCACGUCCAUGCAUCGCUGCAUGUUCCAGUUACAAUAAGUUAGAAGUUCAAUGUGUUAUGGUAUGAACCAGACCGUGCAAGAGGCCAACGCUGAGUUCAGUGUAUUUUAAAGGCAAGAUCUUCAGAGCUCUCAUUGUCGUUUUUCUAUGUUCUUUGGUCCUUGGACUUUUUUUUCUUAUAAUUCUUUUGUGUCAUGACCCAUGAACCAGUGAUGAGUGUGAUAUGACCUUCAAUUCUUUUGAGUGUUGCAGUUUUCAUGCCACCUUUCAAGGAACCAUCAUUUUCCUCCAUUUCAAAAAGCUAAGGGUCCCUUGAUUAUGACUGGCUUACUUUAGUU